GGCAUCACUAUAACUCACAACACACGUCAACGUACUCUCGAAACUUCACACAUGGAAGGUCAUCGUGACUCAAACAUCGCUCGAGAUAUCUGCUUGGAGGCUAAAAUUUUAUCUAUAUAGACAUGAAACCCCUCCCCAACUUUUCGCCUUCAUCCAAACCUCAUCCUCAUCUUCACCUACUCUACUUCUUCAAACCUCACCAUCAGACUCCUUUUACCAUCAGUACCGGACAUACCUACCUUUCAUACCACUAAUUACCACAUCCAAGGGAUAGCAAAAUGUGCUCCUGCGGCGCCGCUUGCCGAUGCAACCCUUGCCGAUGCGGCACCCGCCGUUCUGGUAGCAACCGCCGCCCUGGCGGUCGGUCUACGCAAAACCACGGGCCCUCGUGCGAUUGUGGGCAGUACAUCGCAAACACGUCUUUCCACGACCCCGGCCACGUUCUCGGCCAUAUGGAUGGCGAGCACUACAUGGGACACGACUUCGACCCCAGUGGCGUCCACCAAACCAUGCAGACCUCCGUUCCCGAAGCUUGGUAUCAAUACCUACCCCUAGGCGGAUUCCAAGCCCGCUCUGAAAACCGAGACCCGGUCAACAACAACGGCCCCCAAGUCGGCGAGAUCCCUGGCCAAGCCACGGUCGUGCGCAUGAUGGACCGGCUAGAGAACUGGAAGAGAUCGGCCCUGACCACGCACGACGGCGCCCCGAGACCCCUGAACUAUUACCUCUUCCCCGACUCGAACAUGCGCGAGCUCUUCGGUGAGAAUUACACGAGACACACGCCCGACGAGUACAUGCACUACUUAGACCAAGCUGUGAACAGGAUCCUCGAACGAACUACCGAAGCCCCCCAGAGUUCUGGUGGCCGUAACUACUAAGUCUGCAAUGGUGACAUCGCUAGCGGAUGUGUGCGGUGGAAAACGGGUUGAAGCUUGACUAUUGAGAAGCGAAUAUUUCGGAAGGAUAAUGGGAAGAACUAGUUGCAGUUGAACCAUGGACAUACUUAGUGGAACUGAUGACAUGAGACCCAAGGAAUGGUCGU